UGCUUCCUCUAUCAUUCUUCGAGAGCGAGAGAGAGAGAGAAGGAGAGAGAGGGAGAGACUGUGCGAGUGUGUCUCAGCGUUUGGUCUGGGAACUAAACGUGGGUGUGUGUGUGUGUGUGCAGGAUAACCUGGCGCUGUUUCUGAGAGGUUGUGAGGAGUUGGGACUGAAGGGCUCUCAGCUGUUCGACCCUGGAGACCUGCAGGACACACGCACCAACAACAAAGGCUCAGACUGCAGCAGGAAGCUGAAAAAUGUUUUGAUCACAAUCUAUUGGCUGGGCCGGGCAGCCAAUAGCAGUGCUACGUAUAACGGGCCCACUCUGGACCUGCGCGAGUUUGAGGGGCUGCUGUCACAGAUGCGAAAGGAGGCGGAGGAUUGGGACAGUCCUAAGCGCAGCAUCAGGGACAGUGGUUACAUUGACUGCUGGGAGUCCGAGCGCAGUGAGUCUUUGUCGCCGCCGAGGCACACACGGGACGACUCCUUCGACAGCCUGGACUCCAUCGGCUCCCGCUCACGCCACACCCCCUCUCCCGAUGGCCUGCUCGCCCGCGGCUCCAGCGAUGGCCGUGGCAGCGACUCGGAGUGUGACGUUCCCCACAGGAAGCUCCCGGACAUGCGGCGGGACGAUAUGCUGGCAAGGCGAACCUCUUGCAGUGAGCCACGAACCGCAGUACCCUUCAACCAGUACCUGCCCAACAAGAGCAACCAGACGUCCUACUUGCCCACGCAAUUGCGGCGCCAGCGCACUGAGCGCGAGGACAGCCGCAAGAGCUGGAGCAAUGCCACUUCACCUGUAGGAGGAGAAAGACCUUUCAGUAGCACCGCCCGCUCCUGCUCUGAAGAACUCUACCGCACGUCCUUGACGACCGGCUCCAUGACAACAAGCAUCAUAGUGACCAGUCCUAUCAGUCCCAGCCCAAAAGGCAGCCCUGGCCCUAGCAAGAAGUUCCCUCCCUUCGCAGACAAGGUGGGCGGGACGUCCCCUACGGGCAACCCAGGGCGGGACGACUUGUGGGCACGACGCAGCCAAGCAUCACCCAAACAUUCCAGCCUGAGCCCCACCCAUUUCCUCCCUGUGCCUUCAUCGGCCAGUCAGAUGGGUCGCGCAGAGAGGGCGGGGUCGGAAAACGAGAAGUCGCAGAGACGGCCUUCCUGGCUGGACGAUGACCUCUCGCCAAAAUUCAGCCACAGAGCUAGUGUAUCUGAGAGUAUGAGUAUGAUUGACAUGAGGAGUGAAGAAGACCCCAUGCUUCCACCCCACAGUCAGGCCCGUCAUGAGCUGAUACAUGGCCAGUAUACCCGGAUGAAGGAAGAGGAGAGCCACUGGCAGGAUGAUCUGGCACGGUGGAAGAGUCGCAGGAGGAGUGUGUCUCAGGACCUGAUAAAGAAAGAGGAGGAGAGGAAGAUGAUGGAGCGACUGCUGAACAAAGACGAAGGCUCACAGAGGCGGAAGAGUAUAAAGACCUACAGGGAGAUUGUGGAGGACAAGGAGCGGCGAGAGCGGGAGCUUCAUGAGGCCUACCUGAAGGCUAAAACUCCGGAGGAGGCGGCUGCGGUGCUGGAGCGUUACGCCCAGCGCUUCACCAUCAGCGAGGCUAUAAUGGAACGCCUUAAACUGCCCAAGCUGUUGGAGCGCAGUGUAUCUGCUGACCCCACACGCCUUUCCUCCUCCCCCACCACUCCUGACCCCUUCGACUCCUCGUCCAGCCCUCUGCAGUACCUGCGCCAGCAGUCCCUGCCUGCACCCAAAUUCACCGCCACUGUUGAGGCCCGAGUAACAGGAUACGGAGCAGGUCAUUGGGACACAAGCAGAAGUUCACGAGCCUCCCGUUUGGAGCGGAGCGCACCUUUACUCGCCCCUAAACCAUUCGGCCAUGGCAGAGCGGCCAGUGCUGAGGCGAGAUCGUCCAAGUGGGAUGAAAUGGAGCGAGUGAACGGCGAAACGGACGACGACCGCAGUGCCAGAGAGGAGCGAGAACGGGAGGCAGAGAGAGAAAGAGAAACAGAAGAAGACUCCUCUCCUAUGCUGUUCUACCCAUCUCCUUCCCAGAACACAGACUCAGACAGCACAGAACAGCCCACCUCAGAAUCUCAGUCUUCAGACAAACACACAGCCUCACACGCACUGACACACACUCCUGAGCCAGAGUGUGUGGACAGAGUGGACUCGGAGGCAGCGGGACAGUGUGGCAUGGCGCCAGAAGCACAGAGCCAGGAGGAAGAGGAAACACAGAAAGAACAGACGCCCAGCCGACCCACCUCCUUCCCCACGCAGCUGCCAGCUGAGGAAGAGGAGCUCCCACAGGCCAGGGCAGUGUCUCCACCCGUAAAAGAGGAGGAGCCCAGCACACAGGCGUUACCAGAGAGUGAGCGAUCUCUAGAGGAGCUGACCAGGGACAGUACUGACUCUACUGUAAUCAGCCAGAAUGGCACAGUGCAGACCACACAGGAGACACAGGCUCCCUCUCACAGUGACACUGCAGCUACAGAGGUCAGCAAACCUCUCCUGGAAUCUCCACUAAGAACUGCAAAGCAGUCUGAACCAGCCAGUGAAGACCAGUCUAAACCCCAGCCAGUCUGUGAACCUCCAGCAACAGAGCUGAACAGUGCCCAGCUAACACCGUUGUCCAGUAACCCUAAGUUACGCUGGGACUUCUUCACCUCGUCAGAGUCUGCAGAGAAACAGCAUGGAAAUGUUGCUCCCUCGGUAUUGAAUCUGGCGAAGCGGGGCGAGCACUUUUCGUGGGACCCCGAGGAAGAACGCAAACGGCAGGAAAGGUGGCAGCAAGAGCAGGAGCGCAUGCUUCAGGAGAAGUACCGUCGUGAGCAGGAGAAGCUGAAGCAGGAAUGGGAGAGGGCUCAGAAGGAGGUUGAAGAGGAAGAGAGGAGAUACCAUGAAGAGGAGCGAAAGAUUCUAGAGGAAACGGUGGCACCUUUGACGCCACACUCACCAAUGCCCCCCUCCCCAUGCUGGCAGGAGACCACCCACCUCCCUAGCACCCCCACGCAGCACAGCAUCGUCCGCUCACUUGCCGACUGGGAACACAAGCAGGAGAUGGAGAAACAGACGGGGACCUUGGAGAAUAAGAGACAAAGGGAAAAUGAGAGGAACAAACCGGCAGGGACAAAAGAGGAGCUUUCCCAGGCAACAGGAAGCCCUCGACAGCUGAGCGGCGACCGGCUGGUGGGUCAGCCCAAUGGACAGAGAGAAGGAAUGGAAGGGCAGAGCCAAAGUCCUAACCAACUUCGGGACAGCCAGAGUGUUUCAUGGAGCAGCAAGGCUCACCAGCAGUCAUCAGAGUCCUGGAAAAAGAGUGCUUCAUUGGACUGCAGCAGGAUCCCACAGCCAGCACCUGGAGGACGUAGAAGGUCUGACUCCAUAGAGUAUGUUGGUGUAAAGUCAUCACAGUCAUCUCCCUCAUACACAGACACACAACAACCUCCUCCAUCACCAAACAGAUCUGUCAGUGGGAAGAAGCUGUGUUCGAGUUGUGGUCAUCCACUUGGUAAAGGAGCGGCCAUGAUUAUUGAGACUCUCAGCCUUUACUUCCACAUCCAGUGUUUUAAGUGUGGGAUCUGUAAGGGACAGCUGGGUGACACCACCACCGGGACAGACGUGAGGAUCCGUAAUGGUCUGCUGAACUGUCAUCAGUGCUACAUCCGCUCUCGUUCUGCUGGUCAGCCCACCACCUUAUGAGCAGGCUUGGUGUUUUGGGACCACCUGAACACCUCAGUUUCACCCACCACCACUUCCCACAUUCAAGCCAUGCUUGGACUGGUCACACUGCAUCUUCGGUUGAGAUCAAUGCAAUAUUUCCAAGUCAAGAGGUUUUUCCUUUAUGCCCAAAUGUAUAGCUCCCACCAAGUGUGUUAAAGGCCUGGUGCUUUUAUCAAGGUUGAAAUAACCGAAAACUUCGCUGAUGACUCCAUCUCAUCGACCUCUGUUUGAGGGUGCGAUGAUUGAUUUAUAUUUUUUAUGGAGGAUUUAUUUGGUCCACUUAUAACAAACAGCUGUGUUCAAAACGGUCGUCAGUUUUCUGAGUAUAGCAUGAAGUAUAGCAUUAUCUACUUUACUACAAAUAACGGCGUAUAUGUUGGAAGUAUAGCAAGGAAAUGACCAUGUUACCACUAUUUUUGACUUCAGUAAAAUGAUUAUUUAGAGCUUUAUCUGUAUUAAGGUCCAUUUUGGUCCAGAUGGAUGUUGCUGAGACAAACAGUCCAUCUCAGCCGCUGCGUAUUCUUUCCUGAUCUUUGUAAUGGCCGGAGGUCUGUAAUGGUAGCUGCAUCUGAUUGAUAGACAUCCAUUUCAUUUGUUGCAUUUGCUGGGCUAAAGGAAAAACAGAACCAAGUCAGGCUGCUUUCACGAAAACAUUUUGGUGUCUGUUAAAAAUGCAGUGAUCUGUGCGGCUGGUUUGUUGUAGCAUUUCCCAACAUGAAGCUACUGAAAGCAAACAUGAAAGCUCGUAAACAAAAACUGCAGGCAGUUGCUGUUUUUUCUCAUAAAAAGAAGCGAAAAAUGCGAGUGGCUUUUAAAGAAACCAGUCGUGAGCGUCCUAAUAGAACUUUAGAGUUCGAUUGUUCAGCAGUGAUUAGUUUCUCUUCUAUCUUAAUGAAGCCCCACCUCACACCAUCUUUCAUUGGCUGACACAGAAACCUCAUAGUAAACUCUUUAAAAAGGCCAGUUCUAGUGACCUUUUCCAAAUGGAUUUUUGCACAUAGCCAUGCAUUGUGCAACAGUGGGUUGUUCUUUUUUUUUCCCCAAUUUUCUCCCUAAUUUAGUCGUAUCCAGUUCCACCCACUAUUUAGGACUCCCCCAAUCACACAAUACCACCAGCACUAGGAGGGUGAAGGCUAGCAUAUGCUGGCACUUCUGUUAUGUUAGCUAACAGACGCCUGUGCUGGCUAGUAUCACUACUAGCCAGUAGUGAGUAGUACUAGUAAGUGAUGGGAAGUGAUGAUCCUACCCACCCAGAGAGAGGCCAGUUGUGCUCUCUUGGACUCCCAGCCACGGAUGGCUGUAACAUCACCAGCGAUCAAACUCACAAUCUUGUGAUCAUAGGGCCAACGCUUAGACGGUUGUGAGUGGGUUGUUCAUAAUGUUGCUUUGUCUUUGAGUCGCCCUGGCUAAAAGAAAAAUGAUUUUUGAUAUGAUAACUGUUACUACUCAGUGAAUCUGUGUCACGUCAAAAGGUAAACAAACCAAGGACAUGUCAGUAAAUAGCUGCUUUACUGGUGGAGCUAUCCAGCUGUGGGACAUUGAUUUAAUACAGGGUGAUUUAAAAAGAUUCAUCCGAUUUUAAAGCACCAUAUUUUUACAACCGUGUGGAGCCUAGGAACCAAUCACAUACCAAUUGAAAGAGGGGC